GCGUCGGGUGACAGACCCGGCCUCGCGGGGAGGCCCGAGCCGGCGGGUGCCCCGGCCCCGCACCGCGCCGGCUGUUCAUGAAGCAUGUCGGCCACCAGCGUGGACCCCCAGAGAACAAAAGGGCAAGAUAAUAAAGUACAAAAUGGUUCUUUGCAUCAGAAGGAUACAGUUCAUGACAAUGACUUUGAGCCCUAUCUUUCUGGACAGUCAAACCAGAGUAACAGUUACCCCUCCAUGGCCGACCCCUACCUGUCCAGCUAUUACCCACCAUCCAUCGGAUUUCCCUAUUCCCUCAAUGAGGCGCCAUGGUCUACCGGAGGGGAUCCUCCAAUCCCAUACCUCACCACCUACGGACAGCUCAGUAACGGAGACCAUCAUUUUAUGCACGAUGCUGUUUUCGGGCAGCCUGGGGGCCUGGGGAACAACAUCUAUCAGCACAGGUUUAAUUUUUUCCCCGAAAACCCCGCCUUCUCAGCCUGGGGGGCGAGUGGGUCUCAGGGGCAGCAGGCUCAGAGUUCAGCUUAUGGGAACAGCUACACCUACCCGCCGAGCUCCCUGGGCGGCACGAUCGUGGAUGGACAGACGGGCUUUCACAGCGACACCCUCAACAAGGCCCCUGGAAUGAAUAGCCUGGAGCAGGGCAUGGUGGGCCUGAAGAUCGGGGAUGUCACCACCUCUGCAGUCAAGACGGUGGGGUCAGUCGUCAGCAGCGUGGCGAUGACGGGCAUCCUUUCCGGCAGCGGCGGGACGAACGUGACCAUGCCGGUGUCGAAGCCCACCUCGUGGGCGGCCAUUGCCAGCAAGCCUGCCAAACUGCAGCCGAAGAUGAAGGCGAAGGGCGGGCCUGCCAUCGGGGGUGCGCUGCCCCCUCCGCCCAUAAAGCAUAACAUGGACAUCGGCACCUGGGACAACAAGGCGCCCGUGCCCAAGGCCCCGGCUCCCCAGCCCCAGCCGGCCCCCCAGGCGGCCCCCCAGCCCCAGCCGGCCGUGCAGCCCCUUCCCACCCAGCCUCCCCCUCCGGCCCCACCACAGCAUCCGGGCCCCCAGCAGCCGCCCCAGACCCGCUGGGUCGCCCCUCGCAACAGAAGCACGGCGUUCGGGCAGAGCGGGGGGACAAGCGGCGACAGUAACUCUCCCGGGAGCGCCCAGCCCAGCGCCGCCCCGAGCCCGGAGUCCCACCCCGUCCUAGAAAAACUGAAAGCCGCCCACAGCUACAACCCCAAGGAGUUUGACUGGAACCUGAAGAGCGGGCGCGUGUUCAUCAUCAAGAGCUACUCGGAGGAUGACGUGCAUCGCUCCAUCAAGUACUCCCUCUGGUGCAGCACGGAGCACGGCAACCGCCGCCUGGACAGCGCCUUCCGCGCCCUCGGCAGCAAGGGGCCUGUCUACCUGCUCUUCAGCGUCAACGGCAGCGGCCACUUCUGCGGGGUGGCUGAGAUGACGUCUCCCGUGGACUACGGCACCAGCGCCGGCGUCUGGUCCCAGGACAAGUGGAAGGGCAAGUUCGACGUGAGGUGGGUCUUCGUCAAGGACGUGCCCAACAGCCAGCUGCGGCACAUCCGGCUGGAGAACAACGACAACAAGCCAGUCACCAACUCCCGUGACACCCAGGAGGUGCCCCUGGAGAAGGCGAGGCAAGUGCUGAAGAUCAUCGCCUCGUACAAGCACAGCACCUCCAUCUUCGACGACUUCUCGCACUACGAGAAGCGCCAGGAGGAGGAGGAGGGGGUGCGCAAGGAACGGCAGAAUCGAAACAAGCAGUGA